UCCACUGCUGGGAUUAUCGGCGGAUGGUGGUGAAGAUGUCUGGUGUGUCCGUGGAGAAGGAGCUGCAGUUCACAGAUUGUCUUAUUGGCUCUAACUUCUCAAACUAUUCCAGCUGGCACUACCGCAGCACCCUGCUACCACUGCUGCACCCCGAGUCUCCUGAACAGACCCCCCCAGUGACGUGUGAACGUCCUCAGGCCUCGCCUCCAUCGUCUCCUCAAACCCACUUCCACAGGGUGUGUGAGGAGCAGCUGCUCAAAGAGCCGAGCGUGAAGAGAUGAUCAGCUGUGUGUAUGUCAGUCGGGAAGAGGAAAAGGUUGUUGUGGUAUUCUCCAGACCUGUCAGCGUGGUGUCAGUGGGCCUGCUCCUCAUCCUGGACGGUCAGCCUCAGAGGGUGGAGUGGCAAAGUGUCCACCCACACUUUAAACACAGCCCUGUCUGGAUUUGCAGCCUUCCUCCUGGAACCAUCAGCGACCCCUCCAAUGAGCACAAUCUGACCGUGCACUGGACAGAGAGACACACUCACAAGGACUGUGCCCUCUACACUGGUCGAACUGAAAGUUGGUGUCGGGACAGUGCAACAGACCAAGAACUGUUCAGGAGUGAACUGUCAGUAGAGAAAAGCUCRGUGUUGCAGUCGGAACUCCAGUCGGUCAACCAGCUCCAAGAACUGGAGCCACUUAAUAAAUGGUGCUUGCUGACCAUUAUCCUCCUGAUGAGGGCACUAGACCCUCUAGGAUAUGAGAAGGAGACCCUUGCUCACUUCCAGACUCUCAAAGAAGUGGACUCCAUGCGCUCUGCGUAUUACAGCGACCUGUGCAGCAAGUUCAUGAUUGAAAACACCAUCCUGAAAAUGGAGUACGCUGAAGUGAGAGUCUUCUGCCUCUCUGAGCAGAACCUGACCACGUUGUGCCACCUGGACCAGCUGUUAUUGGUCACUCAUCUCAACCUGUUCUCCAACCAGCUGCAGCGGCUGCCUCCUCACUUUGCUAUGUUGCAGUGCUUGGAGGUUUUAGAAGCUGAUAACAACUUCAUUGAAAGCCUGGAGGGAGUUUAUUGCCUUCCCAAACUGGAAGAAGUCUCUUUGAAGAACAACAAAAUUUCCACAGUGGCAGAUCUUCAGCCUCUGGCCUCCUGCCCCAAGCUGAAGCGCCUCGAUCUUCGUGGCAACCCCGUCACUCAGCUGGGCGGCGUGGAGUCGCAGCUAGCUGAGCUGCUGCCCUCGGUCACAGACCUGCUGCUCUGAUGAGGUGCAGGGCAGGAACCACUGCCCAUCAUCGUCCUGUCCGUCAGCGCUCUGCUGUGUGUGAGUGUGUGUGUGUGUGUUCUUCAAGGUAACGUCAGUCAUGGAGACUCCGACAGCCUGAUGGCUUCAGAUCAGAUAUCAAACAGUGUGUGUUGUAUGUGUGUGUCUGUGGAUGUCCCKUGUCCCUGUGCAUGCAGAAAUAGAACUAGAUAGGGCUGACGAGCAGCAACACUGACUGCUUGCAGCUCAAACUGUUAGGUUUGGAAAACCAAAGGUUGAUCCAAGCUUCACGUGGUUCUUUUAAAUUAGUUUGAAGACAUUUAAUGACAUGAUACUGUUGCACAUGAAGCCACACAUGGAGUAAUAAACAGCACAUGUUGUGUCACUGCCUUCCAACAAA